CCGCGACUCCGUGUGUCACGUGGGAGGAGUGACGUGCUCGCUUCCCGGGCCGGCCGUGCUCGUGCCCGAUAGGGUGGGACAAGCGGAAGCGAUAGAUACUGACGGAAAGGGUUCGUUGGUCUGUUGAAGUUUCUAAAAUGCCGGCUUAUCAUUCAACCCUCAUGGACCCUGACGUAAAACUGAUCGGAAAUAUGGCAUUAUUGCCACUGAAAACUCAAUUCAAAGGGCCAGCUCCAAAAGAAACCAAAGAUACUGAUGUAAUUGAUGAAGCAAUCUACUAUUUUAAGGCAAAUGUUUUCUUUAAAAACUAUGAAAUAAAGAAUGAAGCUGAUAGAACCUUAAUUUAUAUCACCCUUUACAUUACUGAAUGCCUCAAAAAACUACAAAAGUGUAACUCCAAAAAUCAAGGAGAGAAAGAGAUGUACACCUUGGGAAUAACCAAUUUUCCCAUUCCAGGGGAGCCCGGUUUUCCUCUCAAUGCCAUGUAUGCAAAGCCUGGACACAGGCAGGAAGAUGAGAUGAUGAGGGCUUACUUGCAGCAGAUCAGGCAAGAAACUGGAUUAAGACUUUGUGAAAAAGUGUUUGAUCAACAGACUGACAAACCCAGCAAGUGGUGGACAUGCUUUAUAAAGAAGCAGUUCAUGAACAAGAGCCUGUCAGCACCAGGACAGUAGUAAUGUUACAGAUGUACAACAAAUGCAAAACAUCAUGCAAAUAUGUCACGCAGCAAGAUGUACAAAGUUUGUAAGAUUUUAUACUGGGUUUGGAUAUAAUAAAAGAACGGUGUCAUUCUGAAGAGUUUUUCCUUUGAAAGUGAACAAAAUUAAUUGCUUGAUACGUUAUUCACUUGAAAGCUUCUACGUAAUGGCUGGUCUCAAUUAUAUCUGCAAAAUUUGGCGCCCAAACAGUGUUUAGUAGAUUAGAUAACAAAAAGGCUGCUAUCUGUGGUAAUUCAAAGCUGCACCUUGAUUCCCAUUUAGUGCUCUUGUCGGAUCCAAAAUAUGCAAUAGACAAGAGUAUAUUAUAUUUAAUGCUACUUGCACAACCAUACUAGUAUUAACAAUAACGGUCCUAUUUCUCCUGUAAUUGGUAUUGGAAUGCUAUUAUAAAAUUAGUUAUGGUUUAUAUAACAGGAUUCACAUAUUUGGUGUUUAAACAUUAUUUUCUAAAUUGUAUAAAACCAAGAGUUAAUUGAAAGCUUUUAGAUUAAUAAGGCUUUAGCAAAGAUUCAGCUGAUAUGGAUUUUCUCUUUAAGAAAAAGUGCAAAUAAAAUACUAAAUAUCAAA